AUGAGUGAGGGUGGGGUUAAUGUGGAGGAGAAUUUGAACCGGUUGGACGAACUUCAUAUAGCGGCACAUUUAUUCCAUAAGCCCACACGUGUUCUUACUCCUCAUGGCACGCUCGUUGAAGUUUUCAUGUUAAAGCCCAAUGAUCCAACCAUGGAAAUUAGGCGGGAAAGGCUUGAGCCUUAUUUGAGACGCACCGGAUUUUAUCAUGCCUCUUUGAUCAAGCGCUUCGAAUACGACAAUCCACUUAUUAGUGCUUUUGUCGAACGAUGGCGACCAGAGACUCAUACCUUUCAUCUCCCUUGGGGUGAGUGUACUGUAACCCUGGAGGAUGUAGCCAUGCAGUUAGGUCUACCUGUUAAUGGUCAGCCUGUUAGUGGUACGUUGAGGUCAUGGAGUAAGUUUCACCGAAGAGAUAUUUGGGAAUGGUGUCAUGAACUUCUAGGUGAGGUUCCCGCCGGCCACGUAGGGACAACUAAGUACAACAUCAAGUUGAAGUGGAUCAGAACUCGUCUUCAGCAGAUGCCGCUUGACUUAGAUGAUAAUGGCCUCAUGCAGUAUGCACGUUGUUACAUACUUUACUUGUUGGGAGGCGUGCUUCUUUCUGACAAGGCCAACAACACAGUCCAUGUUCGAUAUCUGCCUUUAUUGGCUGACUAUGAUGCCAUCGGUACCUACAGUUGGGGUAGUACCGUCCUCUGUUGGUUAUAUCGUGCUAUGUGUCUAGCAACAGAUUACAGUGUUGAGGGUAGACAGGGAAAAAAAGGACAAAAUGACUAUGCUGAGCAGCGCCUACUUAGGCACCGUCUGCGGUUGGAUAAUCUGCAGGUGGACGAGUUUGUUUGGCAACCAUACAUGGAGCCCCGAAUUCUGUCUAGAGUUCCUGUUGAAUUCCUCGGCCACCCACAUGGAGAUUUCUAUACCGCCAUUGUACCUCUAAUAUUUUUCAGAUGGAUUGAGAUCCUAAAUGUUCACCGAGUGUUGCGACAGUUUGGGGGAAAGCAAGGACCUCCAAACCCUCCCCUUAAUAUUGAUACCUUCCACCGACAAUCGGCCCGUAAUGAUGACGGAUGGUGGCCGGUUCGACUAUCCGAGUGGUUUGAGAUUGAUCGUGCAGAUACAUUGCGUCCCAGCCAGGAUUACUAUAGGUGGUACUCUCAGAGAACAAGGAGGUUUUUGUCUGCCCCUGAUGCAUUGCAUGACCCGCGGGGUGACGUUGUCUCCCCAGACGCGUCGGUAUAG